GCUUUUUGCUAGACAUUCGCACGAUGACAGCAAAAAUCCUGCAGUUCUUCUGCUGUUUGGGCGAAAUCGACUGAUUUCCGGAACAAAUUUCGCCAAACGUUUCGGUAUACGAAAUAUAGGUCGAAAUUUAUGCCGAAGUUCAUUCGAAACGUCCGAUUGGGCAAGUAUGCUCCGUCUGUUUUUGGCUUAAGUGAUUGAUUUGGUUUGAAUUAUUAUCGAAAAAUAAGCUGCAACUUUUGUUGUGUUGUAGGGAAGUGCGGACGAACAGGGCUCAGCUUGAUAAAAUGGUGGAAAUGUUGGAAAAGGAGCCCGAAAUUGCUAGAGCUCUGCACAAAGGAGAUCAGACGGUGUUCUGGGAAACACUUGCCGAGAAUGUGAACGCACUUGGGCCACCUGUACGGCAAGCAUCAGUAUGGAAAAAAGUGUGGUUUGAUUUUAAAUGUUCCGUGAAAAAGAAGCUCCGGGAGAACUAUAAGGAAGCAACAGCAACAGGAGGCGGUCCAAACAAACAAAAAAUUCUGAACGAAUUGGAAGAAAGAGUGGCUGAUCUUACAAAUUUGCGGGCGACAAUACAAAACUUUGGCAGAAGCUAUGGGAAUCCUCAGAAUCAACCUAUAGUUCAAGCUGAACCAUGUACUUCUCUUGUAGUAGUAUGUAACAUUUACAUAAAAAUAUUUUAGCAUAUUUAUUUCGUCUUUCUUUCAAAAUCUUCCAACAUUAUUUCAUAAAAGAAAUUGUUUUUCCUGUUUAUUAAUUUCACACAAAUAAUUUUGUUGUAGUCUGCUUUUUAGAACGAACUGAAGCAUUAUUCUAUCGGCAAGUUAUUGGCUAUGCAAAUACUAUGCAGUGCACAACAAACAUUUAUAAUUUUAAUCCCAUGGCUUUGAUGGAUAAUCAGAAUCCGCUGAAAAAAAUGUGUUUCAAUUUGCGAACGUUGUAAUUGUCUCACAAAUGAAGGGUUCAAUAAAU